CGUGGUCGAUAUUUAAACGGAAAAUAAAAUUUCGACCGCAUGAGGUUGAAACUUAUUUUUGUACAAAUAAUAAAUGAAAAAAACAUUUUAAAAAAAUUAAUUAUAUAAAUAAAAUAAUUAAUUAAAAAAAGAGAGCAUAUUUCGACUAAAUGCGGUCGAAAAUUAAGUCACAUUUGGUCAAAUCUGACUUAAUUAUUUCGACCGCACGCGGUCAAAAUAAUAAAUUUGAAAAAUUUAAUGUGCUCCCCCAACAUCAAUCGGGCAAUUCUCAUCCCAAAAUAUACCAAAACCUAAUUUUAUCCCAAAACUCCCACCCCCACCACACCCCUACCCCGCCGCCGACGCCCCAUCCCCACCACACCCCUCCCCGCCGUCGACGCUCCAUCCCCACCACUGCCUGUCCUCCGUCGCCGCCCUUGCUGUCCGCCAGAGGGGGGAACCACAGAAGCAAGUUGACUAGUGAUGUAGCUGGGGAGCUUAGUGAUACAUCUGUAAGUUGUGAGGAAACUAGAUCCAAUUCUCAGGCUAUUGCAUUUUCUCCAUUGGAGCAGCAAGUGCUGAAGAAGGGAAGAGAUCUCAGUCAAGUGACUAAUAGACUUUGGAAGAGGUUUUACCAGAUUGAGUUUGGUGAGAAGAGCAUCAAUCAGGUGGUUGAGAGAAUGAAGCAAAGGAAAGUUACAUUUAAAUGGAAACAGUUGUAUGAGGCAAAGACAAAGGAAGUGGCGGAAACGCAGCAAAGGUCAUUCGAAAGAAUCAAGGAAUUGUAUCAAAAGGAAGAUGCGAAACGAAAGAGCCGACAAGUUCGAGUCUGCACAAAGGUUCCACCUUCUAGCAAUAAAAGAAGCUUUUACGGUAGUGGACCUGGUAGCAGUUUUGGCAACACAAAGAGUUCCUUGAUGAAGAAGGCAAAAAUAGAGUUUGUUAACAGUCGAGAAGUAAAGAAUUUGGCUGCUAUGAAGAAUAAGGGUGUGCAAAGAACUCAUAGAUUUUGGCUAUUUGAACCUCGAUGUGGCAUGCAUCACAAGAAGACGUAGUUCAUGCUCUUGUUGAUUAGGAUAUAUAGUGGGGAGGAAUCGGAUCAUGUCUCUAACACCCAACGUUGACUUUUGGAUUGUAAUAUUGCUAUGUUUUCUUGGAUAUGUAUAUAUAUUUUUUUAUGAUAGUUUUAAUUCGAAUUAGAUGUACUUUUGAAGGUGAAUUUGAUUGUAGGAAGUAGUUUAUCGAUGUUUUAACUUUACGAUGUUUAAGUGUUUGAAUAUAGAAAUCAGUUUAUGGUUGUUUAA